AUACUGUGUCUGGGUCUCUGUGGGUUUUGCAAAUCGCAAUACAGGUCGCUGUCUCCGCAGUGGGUGCGUAGGCGUAUUCUGUCCGUGUUUGAUUUUGACAUUGGGUCGAGGAAGUUAGUGAUCGAUGAUGGCUGCAGACAAGGAGCAGGCGAAGAAAUCAGGAGAGAAAGAAGAGGUGGUCAAAGAGGAGAAACCCAAGACGAUAAAUCAUAACGAUCACUACUCGAUUAAGCGGGUUCUUGACGAUGCAGUCUCCGAGGUGGUGCUUGGACGUGGCUAUGAGGAGAACGUAAAUCUCAGCAAUGUGAAGAUGGCAAUUGGUCUCAUCACCUGCGCCAUAGCUUUGGCUGCACAGUUCUACCCCAAGAAAUUUCCUGAGAACAAAACAUUUUUGAUCGGGUGCAUCAUAUUAUAUGUUAUCUUCAACGGUUUGCUGCAAUACAUCAUAAUUACAAGGGAAAAGCAACACAUCUUGUUCACUUAUGCUCUCAAGGACUCUUUUAGUACUACCGGUUUGGCCCUAUCUUCCAAAUUACCACGGUACUCUGAUUUGUAUACUUUGCGGAUCGAAAGCUCUGAUCCUCAAUCAAUUGCUGCCCAUCCACCAGUGGAAUUCACCAAAAGUGUGACCAAAUGGUUCACAAAAAGUGGUGUUUUCCUAGAAUGUGUUUUUUGGGAUGAUGUUGAGAAACUGGUAGAUGGUUACAACAGCGACAUCAAGGAAUCUCGUAAAUCCAAAUAGCACUGAAUAUUCUGUUUCAAAUUUCUAUCGUCUCAAUCUUAAUCUCAUUGUAGUGUGAUUCAAGUAUUUGGCUGCGAAAGAGGAUUCGUGUAAAGACGAAUUGAUGUGGUGCGAACUAGCAAGAGCCUUCCAAACCUAGAGGAAAAUCUUCAAAAUAAAUCCAAACGAUCAUUUUGGUAGUGAUUCAUGUAUUUCCAAUAACUCCAAACUCGGGUAAGUGAGGACUGGGGAAGAGUUCAGUUCUUUGCAAGUGCCUUCAUGCGAAAGAAGGUUUUCAGCCUACACGUAUUUUUUGAGGAAGAAGUUCACGAUUAGGAUCAUCGACAAGAAUCAAAAAACAUUCUCUGUUUACGUAGUUACCAAUUUUGUAGCUAACACAACAUACUCAGGGCGAAAGCAUCGAAUAACCGAGAUGAAUGAUGCUAGGUCUCAUACUAAACUUUUCGAUCUAGAGAC